AUGCCGAUAGGACACUCUCCACCCGGGACUCCACAAAGCAAGAGCCAGGACACAUUGCAUCAAAGAAAUCUUGGCGAGAUGAACGAACAAAGUCACAGCAAAAAUGAGAUCACACCGCAAUUACCCGUCGUAUCGGAAAUCAAGGCGAUUAAAUUAACGCAGCCCUUCUGGCAAGAGAACCCUGCACGAUAUUUUACAAUAGCUAAAAUGACGUUCGCAUUACAUCACAUAACGUUGGACAAGAGCAAAUACCGCCACGUCAUCAUCCACCUAGACGUCGAUCUUUUAGAUAUAGUAGGUGACAUCAUAGAUGCUCCACCGAUCAACGGAAAGUACGAGGCGAUCAAACGCCGGAUCUUUGACAGUCUAUCCGACUCGCAAGAGACGAGGAUGCGACGUCAACUCCGAAGACAAGCAUUGGGAGACGAGAAACCGUCCGUGUUUCUACAGCGACUCCGGAACUUAGCAGCGGGACAGUGCAACGAUCAUGUGCUGCGCACGCUAUUCAUGGAGCAGAUGCCGGAGCACAUGAGAGGUAUCCUGGCAGUCAACCAGGUGGACGACCUUGCCACGCUCGCUACGCAGGCCGACCGAACACUGGAGGUAACGCGACCACAAUUGGCGAACAUUGGCACGUCAGGUACUGUAGCUUUACCUUCCGAUAUUUCGACGACGACUAACCAUAAGCCGGCAUCCGAACAAACUGAAAUUACCGAAUUACGCCUGGCGGUAGAAGCGUUAACACGUAAGAUCGAACGCGCUUUCACUAACAAAGGACGUAGUCGAAGUCGCAGUCAAAGUCGGAGUAAGAAUCGCGGAACACUUCGUAGACGCGCGGUUACUCCCCAGAACAAAGAAGAAACAUCAUAUUGUUACUAUCACGAGAGAUUCGGAGCGGACGCAUACCGCUGUCGCCAACCAUGUACCUGGGACCGACAGCUAAAUAAUAAGGCGCAGAAAAACUAA